GUCUUCUACAAUUUCCUUUCACGACCAAAAGAAAAUAACCCGAGAGAUAUCAAGGAGACAUCGAAACUACAGACCCUCUCUGCGAUCUCUGAUUUAAACGACAUUGUUCUUAUAUCCGUUAAACAACCAUGUCUUCUGGUUUCAGUGGCGAUGAAACUGCACCUUUCUUUGGCUUCCUUGGCGCCGCUGCCGCUCUCGUCUUCUCCUGUAUGGGAGCGGCAUAUGGAACAGCUAAGAGUGGUGUUGGUGUGGCAUCGAUGGGAGUGAUGAGGCCUGAACUUGUGAUGAAGUCAAUUGUGCCAGUUGUUAUGGCUGGUGUGUUGGGUAUAUAUGGGUUGAUUAUUGCAGUUAUUAUCAGUACUGGAAUUAACCCUAAGGCCAAGUCGUAUUACCUGUUUGAUGGGUAUGCACAUCUUUCAUCUGGUCUUGCUUGUGGCCUUGCUGGGCUUUCUGCUGGAAUGGCCAUUGGAAUUGUUGGUGAUGCUGGUGUCAGAGCUAAUGCCCAACAACCAAAGCUUUUUGUUGGAAUGAUUCUCAUCCUCAUUUUUGCUGAAGCAUUGGCAUUAUAUGGACUCAUCGUUGGCAUUAUCUUAUCCUCUCGAGCUGGUCAGUCUAGGGCAGAUUAAGCAGGGAUAUUAGUACCUAGUGUUAUUCUUUUAUGGCUUAGUGGUGUGACUGCAGCAGAAAAGAUUUAAUGAUUGUUCACUGAUUAUUGAUAGUGAGGAACCACUUGCAAUGUUCUGAAAUUACGGAAGUGUCUGUGUUGCCAGGCACUUAGUGGUUUCUUUGUGCUGUUUGCAGAAGUAGGAUUGAGUCUCUCUUCAGAAUAAAAGCUGGUGAAGCUGUAGUAUGUUCGCUUUUUAUAUUUUUUUAAUGUAUCAAUGUAUUCUGUGGAACCAUAAACUGUUAUUGAAAACUUUAAUUUCAGGUCUAAUCUAUGUAUGGCACUGUUAUUUAUUAA